UUACCCGGUGCCCUCACCACAGUGCAAUGGCAUAUAAAAAGCUCGAGGCUUCCCCCUUUUUCUCGCUCAUUAGACAGCAACUCAAUCCUCACUACCGACCAGCAACCAACCAUCGCUACUCCACAACCAGUUACAAUAAUGGACGCCUUCACUGCCAUCUUCGCCACCUUCACUUCUGCCGCCACUUCCUCUUCUGAAGCUCCUCGCAACCAGGAGGCCCACCCUGGCGGCAUGACCCUUUGUGUCAUCGCUUAAGUUCCCCCCCAACGGCCAAGCCUCCAAAGUCGCGUUGUUUAUGUCGCGUCAUUGCGCAACUGUUCAAAGGCAAGAAGAUAAGAGAGUGAAAUGAUGAUGCUAGUUAGGAACUACCUAUGACCAUGCAGUUCCGGCUUCAACAUGCAUAAUAUAUUGUAGUCUGAAAUA